AUGGACUACUUUCCCACCGUUCUCCACCGCCUCGCCGACUGGUUCCUCCACUUCUUCCUCCCAUCCGAGCUCAAACGCCCCCGUCCCCUCUUCCAAAAUCACCCCUCCAAGCCCCCCACGCCCCUCCACGCGCCGCCCUACCCCGACGUCUCCAAGUGCCGUCCCCGCCUCUCCCACACCCUCACCUGCGACGUCCACCGCUGCCUCCUCAGGUCCCCUUCCUUCUUCCCCUUCUUCAUGCUCGUUGCCUUCGAGGGCGGCGGCCUCCUACGCGCCCUCCUUCUCCUCCUCACGUGCCCCGUCACGUGGCUCCUGGGCGGCGACCUCGGGAUGCGGGCCAUGGUGUUCGUCACCUUCUGCGGGCUCACGCCCGAGGACGUCGACGGCGUGGCCCGGGCCGUGCUUCCCAAGUUCUACCUGGAGAAUCUCAACCGGCACGCGUACGAGGCGUUUGUGUCUGCCGGGAGGCGGGUUGUGGUCACGAGCGUCCCCAGGGUCAUGGUGGAGGGGUUUUUAAAGGAGUACCUGGGGGCGGAUAAGGUGGUCGGGACAGAGUUGCAUCGGGCGGGCCGGUUUUUUACGGGCUUUGUUUCGGGCUCGGGGUUGGUAGUGAAGCACAGGGCUGCCAGGGAGAUUUUUGGGGAUAAAAAGCCCGAUAUAGGUAUUGGGAGCCCGAGCCCGCACGACCAUCUGCUGAUGUCUCUUUGCAAGGUACGCGUGAUCCGUGCCCUUAGAAGGAAAAAUGAAUGA